AUGAGUCUUAAGAACGAAAAAAAUGGCAGCAGCGAUGCCCCCGACUACAAAUCGGGCACGGUCGAUCCCGCGGCCGGCCAGCAGUUCGCUGUUGAUAACCCAGAGGCCGGGGCGACUAAUCCCCUCCAUAAAAACCUCAAGGGCAGGCACAUGCAGAUGAUUGCCAUUGGUGGUGCAAUUGGCGCUGGCCUGUUUAUCGGUUCCGGAACUGCUUUUCAGACUGGUGGACCUGCUUCUGUUUUUCUUGGUUUCCUAAUUGUUGGCGUCAUGGCCCUCGCAGAAAUGACUGUCCUGUAUCCGAUCAACGGUGCCUUCACCAUGUACAUCUGCCGCUUCGUUGAUCCCUCCUUUGGGUGGGCGUGCGGCAUCGAGUACGCCAUCAGCUGGCUGACUGUCCUUCCCUUCGAGAUCUCCGCUGCUUGCAACAUGAUACAUUUCUGGCCAGGUUCGCACGGUAUUAACAACAGUGCUUGGAUCGUCCCGCUACUUGUAGCCUUGGUGGUCAUUCAAUUCUUUGGCGUCAGGGGAUACGGCGAGGUCGAAUUUGUUCUCAGUUUGAUGAAGAUACUCGCUUGCAUAGGCUUUAUCAUCCUGGGAAUAAUAAUCAACUGUGGUGGCGUUCCAACAGACGACAGAGGCUACAUCGGUGGAAGAUACUGGAACGAUCCUUACAGCGCAUUCCUCAAUGGCUUCCACGGCUUCUGCAGCGUCUUCGUCACUGCAGCGUUUGCCUACACUGGCACCGAGCUGACAGGACUGGCUGCUGCGGAAACAGCCAAUCCAAAGAAGGAGAUUCCGAAGGCCUCGAAUCAGGUCGCAUGGCGAAUCGGUAUCUUUUACGUCGUCAACCUUCUUCUUGUUGGACUCAUCGUACCGGCAAACAGUCCCCUGUACGGCAGUGCGACUACCGCUUCGCAAGGGUCGCCUUUUGUCAUUGCAAUUGAGCUUGCUGGCAUCAAGGUCCUGCCGUCGAUUUUUAACGCCGUUAUCCUGAUCGCCGUUAUGAGUGUUGCUAACUCGUGCACCUUUGGCUCGACUCGAACGCUCCAGGCUCUAGCUGCAAAUGGAAUGUUCCCAAAGAAAAUGGCCUACGUUGACAAAAAGGGUCGUCCUAUUCCCGUGGUCAUUCUUCAGCUUCUCUUCGGGCUGCUAGCAUUCAUCAACCUGGCGCAUAAUGGUGGUACGAUCUUCAAUUGGCUCCUGUCACUGUCGGGUCUUACCAUCCUCUUCGUGUACGGUGGCAUCGCUCUGGCUCAUAUCCGCUUCCGCAAGGCCUGGGCCAUGAACGGUCAUACCUUGGACGAGCUUCCUUACAAGGCCAAUUGCGGCGUCUGGGGUUCCUGGAUAUGCUUGCUUGUCUGCGUUCUUGCUCUGAUCGCCCAGUUCUACGUCGCGCUUUAUCCUAUUGGCGGUCCUAACCUGGAUGCAACAAACUUUUUCCAGCUCUACCUUGCCGGUCCGCUACUGAUUUUCCUCUACUUAGUCUGGAAGGGCUACAGCUGGAUCUAUGUGCCAGAACACCGCCCAUUGUUCAUCAGAACAAAGGACAUCGAUAUCUACACAGGCAUGAGGGACAUCAGUGCUGUAGGUACCUCUGCAGAAGGAGACGAAAGGCACCAGGGAGGUGCUGUGGCAUACGUUAAGAACGCUGUCCGAAACAUUAUUUAA